CAGAGAGAUUUGGCGCUAGACUGUGUACGUUUCCUUGAUUAACAUUUGCAGUGGUAUAACUUUUUCAUGUAUUUCGAGUUGUUAGUGAUCUUGUUUUACAUAUCUCGAUUUGCAUUUUAUGGAUAACAAUGUCUGACGAAGAAUUGAAGGUCCCAGAAGAGCUCUUCAAAGAUGUUAAAUUCUACGUGGUCGGGGACAUUGAUCAAAAGAUUGUCCAGCUGCUGAAAGCAGGGAAAGGCAAGGAGGUAUCUUACAAUGCCUUAGCUACACACAUUAUAGCAGAAGAUGGGGAUAACCCGGAGGUUGGGGAGUCACGAGAAGUCUUUGACCUUCCAGUUGUCAAGCCGUCUUGGGUGACUUUGUCCGUCAGAUGUGGGGACCUGCUACCAGUUACAGGAUUCUCGCCAGAGUCGGGACAGGUAUUCUUCGGUGUCACUGCAUGUUUGCCUAAGCUACCAGAGGAUCUUAGCACUCUUUGGGCCUUGAUCACUUUUUAUGGAGGUGACUGUCAGCUUAACCUGAACAAGAAAUGUACUCACCUGAUUGUUCCUGAGCCAAAAGGGGAAAAGUAUGAAGUUGCCUUGAAGCACAGCAGCAUUAAAAUUGUCACACCUGAGUGGGUCACACACUCCGCGUUGGAUAAGGGCAGGAAGGACGAGGCUUUGUACCACCCCCGGCUGACAUACCAAGAGGAGGAAGAGGAAGAUGAGGAGGAAGAAGAAGAGGAGGAGAGCGAGUAUGAGUCACGCUCGGAGGGCAGCUACAGCCCUCCAGGUCGCAGGCGUCCAGGUCCCCGGAGAUCCAGCCCCUCAUCAAGAGAGGACUCGCCUGCAAGUGGCCGAGGAGGUACCUCGCCCAAAGCCGAGCGAUGCAGCGAGCUAAUGUUCGACGACUCGGACGACUCUUCCACGGAGAAGGAGGAACGGAACCUGAACUGGACCCCUGCAGAGAUGACCGGGCCGCCCCCAGGUCCCAAACGCAGACUACCAGCUGGGAAGGACUCUGGCCUGAUCAAUCUUUGUGCCAGCGUGCCCCCUGUGCCAGGCAGUGCAGGGCCACCCGAUUCCCGGGCUGUCUUAGGACCCAGUGGUGCCCAGCUGGGGGCAGAUAGGCCAGAGGGCAUUGCGGGCUGGAGCCCAGCGCCCAGGACGUUACGGAACAUCACCAACAACUCUGACAUCCAGCAGACCAGCAGGCCCUCAAACGUUGCCCAUAUCCUACAGAGUCUCUCUGCCUCGACCAAGACAUUGGAGCCACAGCAGCAGAUGAACCAGAGCCAGCCCAACGCCCAGCCCAACCCGCUGCUGUUCAACCAGGCGAAGCCCCAAGGUCCGCAGCUGACAGCUGAAGCACAGCAGCAGUUGCUCCAGCAGCAGCAGUCCCAUCAGGUCCCCCAGCAGCCACCUCAGCAGGUCCCACAACAGCAGCACCCCAUGCUGCAGCAUCUUCCACCGCAGCAACUCAUGCAGUUGCACCACCAGCAACAGCAGCAGCAGGUUCCUCAAGGGUUCCCUCCUCAGAUGCCACCGCAGCAGGCCCAUGCGUUCAUUCAGCAGCCGCAACACCAACAACAGAUCCACCAACAACAGGUCUUCACCCAGCAGCAGCAGCAGCAACCGCAGCAACCGCAACAACCGCCGCACGCUUUCUCCCAGCAACAGCUGCGACCGCAGCAGCUCCUUCGGCCUCCCAUGCAGCAGCAGCAGCUCCAGCAGCAGCAUGCUUUACAACAGCAGCUCCAGCAGUUCCAGCAGCACAGGCUCCAACUGCAGCUGCAGCAGCAGCAGCAGCAGCAACAAAACCAGCAGCAGCAGCAGCAACUCCACCAGCAGCACCUACAACAGCAGCAGCAGCAGCAUUUCUUGCAACAACAAAUGCAGCAGCAGCACAUGCAGCAGCUCCAGCAGCAGCAGCAACAUCUCCAGAGCCAGCAGCAGCAGCCGAUACAGCAGCCGCAUCCAAGCCAGCAGUCUGUGCAGCAGCAGGGGGCUCUGCAGCCUCAGCCCCAGCCCACUCAAGUGCACCCGCUGUUCGGCCACGAGCCAGGCCAAGAGAUUCCAGAAGAUGGCUUCUUGUUGGGCUGUGUGUUUGCCAUCGCUGACUAUCCGGAGCAAAUGGCCGACAAGCAGCUCCUGGCUACGUGGAAGAGGAUUAUCCAGGCCUAUGGCGGAACAGUGGACUCCUCUCUCAACAACCGUUGCACUCACCUGCUUUGUGAAACACAAGUCAGCAGUAUGUAUGUCCAGGCUCUACGGGAGGGUAGGCGGUGUGUCACUGCCCACUGGCUGAACACAAUCUUGAAGAAAAAAAAGAUGGUUCCUCCCCACAGAACUUUACACCUCCCUUUCGCCUUCCCUCUUGGAGCCAAGCCCUGCUCUCAACACAUAAUCUCUGUGACUGGGUUCGUGGACUCAGACCGGGACGACCUGAAGCUGAUGGCUUACCUGGCAGGAGCCAGAUACACGGGCUACCUCUGUCGUAGCAACACUGUGCUCAUCUGUAAAGAGCCAAGCGGUCUGAAGUAUGAAAAGGCCAAGGAGUGGAGGAUCCCCUGUGUCAAUGCCCAGUGGCUCUGUGACAUCCUCCUGGGGAACUUUGAGGCACUCCGGCAGAUCCAGCUCAGCAGAUACUCCAACUUCAACCUGCCAGAACCGCUCAGCCCCAACCAGCAUCUGGUUCAGAACCUACUAGGUGCUUGGCGCAUUCCUGUGAAGGUCUCACCUGACGCGUUGGCUGCAUUGCAGUUGCAGCAGAAGCAGAAACUGUCGGACUCCAACUCCCAGCCUCCGAAUAAGAAGCCACGACUUGAAGAAAUCCAAGGCCCAACCAAAAAGCUUCCACCAGAGUCUACGCCAUACGUUUUCUUUACUGGCUUUGAGCCAGCACAGGUCCAGCAAUUUUUGAAGAGGCUGCACAGCCUUGGGGGGGAGACGGCAGAGAGUGCUCAGAAGUGCACUCAUCUGGUGGCCCACAAGGUUACGAGGACAGUUAAAUUCCUCACGGCCAUGUCCAUCGUCAAGCACAUCGUAACCCCCGAGUGGUUAGAAGAGAGCUGGAAAAGCCACAAGUUCGUUGAUGAGCACCACUACAUGCUGAGAGAUGCAGAGGCUGAGGUGCUGUUUGGCUUUAGUCUGGAAGAGUCAUUGAAGAGGGCCCACAAUGCACCUCUUUUCAAAGGCAAGUAUUUCUACAUUACUCCUGGGAUUUGUCCCAGCCUUACCACUAUGAAAGCCAUUGUAGAGAGCGCAGGAGGCAAGGUGCUCCCCAAGCUGCCGUCCUUCCGCAAAAUAAUGGAGCACAAGCAGAACAAGAACCUUCCAGAGAUCGUCCUGAUAUCCUGUGAGAAUGAUCUUCAUCUAUGUAGAGAGUACUUCUUGAAGAACAUUGAUGUUCACAAUGCUGAAUUCAUAUUGACUGGUGUGUUGACACAGAAGUUGGAUUAUGAAUCAUAUAAGUUCACAUGAUGCUGAUGGCCAGAAGGAGAACACACAAUGAGGUUUUAACAAAGUGCAUUUCUCCAUUUACUGAGGUCCUAUAUUGGAGGAAUCAAUGAAGUCUAAACAUGUUGCAAUGUACAGUCACACUACUAUUGAUAUUUUGCAAGAUUUUGUACUCUGUGAAUAGAUAAUCUGUCGUUUUGUAGCUUUUUAUAACAACCAUGAAAAAUGCAUACAUAAAUUGAUGUUAUUUUUGUGGACUGAAUGUUUAAAUUAUGGAUUUUUUUAUUUUAUUGUUCAAAGGUUCCAACUAU